AUCAAAACAUGUCAAUUUAAUAAAUACACAGUUGAAAAAUGCGAAAAUAAUUUAUUUCUUAAAUAUAUAAAUAGGCAACAUAGUAUUAUUGUUAUUUAAAAAUUGCAUAGCAAAGUAAAAGUCAUGGAUAGAAAGUCUAGACAUCAGAGAUAUUCUUCAAAACGAAGACGAUCACGCUCUCGGAGCACCGAGCGACGAGACAGAGUUAAAAUAAGAAAAAGAGCACCAUCUCCUACCACUACUGCUGAUAUUAUUGAAGAAACUGAAGAUUUUAGUUUCUUAAAUUAUAAGCGAAACUUAAAUAAAAUGAUACAAUACAGUAACGAUACAAAUACGGUUGCAAAUAGUAUUGACGACUUUUGGAUUUUUGUUAAAAAGUAUGAAGCUACUUUGAGAAAAGCUGGAAAGCCAAUCAUACCAGAAACUCAUGAUACAAACACAAACAAUUCUGAAAUAAAGCAAUCGUUUUCAAAAACUGACUGUAUUAAUUUUAAAGUAAAAAUAAAAUUUAUGGACACAGUAUAUGAUGAUAGAAGCAAAAGAAGAUUAGACGAAAGGAAAUUUAAAGUGUUCCUUAACAUUAUUUCCAUUUAUAUUGACUUUAAAAACAAGGAAAAAUUUGAUAAACUAAAAAAAUUAAGGAAAGCACAAAAAGAACUGCCUGUUGCAAAAUAUAGGAAUGAAAUUGUAUCAGCUGUGCAGAAUGAGAAAGUAGUAGUUGUGGCUGGUGACACAGGAUGUGGAAAGUCUACUCAGGUUCCUCAAUAUCUUCAUGAAGCUGGUUUUCAAAAUAUUGCUUGUACACAACCAAGAAGAAUAGCAUGUGUAUCAUUAUCAAAACGUGUUGCGUUUGAAAUGCUGUCACAAUUUGAAACUAAAGUUGGGUAUCAGAUCCGGUUUGAGAAGAGCAAAACUGCAGAUACAAGUAUUUGUUUUAUUACUGAAGGACUCUUAUUGAGGCAGAUGUCCUCAGAAAACUUACCAAAUUAUGAUGUCAUUAUAUUAGAUGAGAUCCAUGAAAGACAUUUAAUGGGUGAUUUCUUGUUGGGAGUAUUAAAGUGCCUUAUUCAUACCAGAAGUGAUAUUAAACUAGUUUUGAUGUCAGCAACAAUUAAUAUACAAUUGUUUGAAGAUUAUUUUAGCGCUGAAUCUGCUGUUGUUAUUCAAGUGCCUGGUAGACUAUUUCCCAUAGAACUGCACUAUAAGCCAGUAUUAAUUGACGAGAAGCCCACAAGAGACGAUCGGCUUGAUCCACAGCCUUAUGUGCAAAUUAUGAGCUUGAUUGAUAAUAAAUACCCAAGCGACGAAAGAGGUGACCUCUUGAUUUUCAUGUCUGGAGUUCAAGAAAUAACUGCUAUUUGUGACGCAGCACAGCAAUAUGCUGAGAAAAAUAAGUCUUGGAUUGUCCUUCCGUUACAUAGUGGACUCUCAUUGGUUGAACAGGAUAAGGUAUUCGAUUAUCCACCAGAGGGCGUGAGGAAGUGCAUUGUAUCCACAAAUAUAGCUGAAACAUCGGUCACGAUAGAUGGUAUACGAUUUGUGGUAGAUUCAGGGAAGGUAAAAGAAAUGAGUUACGACGCAUCUACGAAGAUGCAGAGGCUCAAAGAAUUUUGGAUAUCGAAAGCGAGCGCUGAUCAGAGGAAAGGCAGAGCAGGAAGAACGGGUCCCGGCGUAUGUUACCGGAUAUACUCCGAAAACCAAUACACCGAUAUGGAUGCAUUCAGCACUCCAGAAGUGUCAAGGGUGCCGCUGGCUUCACUAUUGUUGCUCAUGAGUUCUCUGGGCGUGAACGAUGUUAGACGAUUCCCUUUUAUAGAUGCACCCCCGGAAGAUGCGAUUGAAGAAUCACUAUUGGAAUUGAAACAACAUGGAGCAUUAACAUCGAAUGAAAAACUGACAGCCCUAGGCAAGGCAUUAGCCAACCUUCCCGUAGAAGUAUCUCUAGCUAAAGCCCUGGUGGUAGGAUCUGCUACUUUACCUCCACAUAAGUUGGAUUCCGCUUUGGCCUUAACAGCUGCUUUGGGUAUAAGGUCCAUUUAUACAACGAGAGCGCAUAGAGAUUUUGAAUGUGAGAAUGCUAGAAAACCAGAUGAAUCAGAUCACGGGGAUCCCAUAACCUUAAUAUCUCUAUAUUGCGCUUGGCUAAAGGAAAAGAGUAAAGGAGGGGGAAGGGCGUGGUGUAGACGACGAGGGAUAGAGGAACAGAGGUUAUACGAGCUCACCAAACUGGCUGCGCAAUUGAAGAACUUAUUACAGGACAAUAAUUUGAUGGAAACUCCCGAAGCAGAAUCGAUGUCUUCGGCGGAAAGAUCUCUCCGACACGGACAAAUGAAACAACUGAAAGAUAUGAGAAGACAGUACAAACAAAAAGCGGCGGAAGAUUCGAAAAAGCGGAAACGUUUAAAAGUCGAUUCUUGGGAGAUAGUAGACGAAAAGGGGGAUGAUGAUAAUGUAAUGGAUAUUCGUGAUAUAGAGUUCCGUCUGACGAACGACGCGAGCAGGAUACAGGCGCUCAUCAGUGGGGCCAGUGCUAAUAGUGGCCGGGAUCUCGUCAUGUUGAAGAUAGUGCUAUGUCGCGCGUUAUAUCCUCAAAUUGCGGUUGCUGAUGACUUUAACCAUUGCAAGACGGUAACAGACCAACUCUACCACACUUGGAGUAAACCCUUCGUGUUUUUACACCCCACGUCAUAUUUCGGCAAACAACCCCGCACGCUACAACUAACUGAGAGUGACAUACAGACAGACGGGCCGCCGGGGUUUAAGAGUAAACUGGCAUUGUCAUCGAGACACCAGAUUCUGUGUUAUUUAUCGCUAUUGGAAACAACUAAACCGUAUAUAGUGAAUUCUAUGAGGAUGCCCGCUGCUCAAACAUUACUUUUAUUAGCACAUUCUAUUGAUACUAAUUACGGAUUUACAAGGUUAAUCUGUGACUCGUGGCUAUUAUUGGAAUUUCCAUAUCCAGAAACAGGAUUGAAUUUAUUGUUCAAAGCUUCCAAGUUGCGGCAACGUUGGGACGCUCUUAUUAAUAGAAGGCUUUUAGAUGCAAGCCCAAACAAAUCAGUGGAGAGUGAACUAGCAAAAAAUAAAUCAAAACUACCCUACGAAGAAUUACAAUACGAGUUAUCCAAAGACAUGAGUGCAUAUAUGAAUAGUGAUGUGUAUUAUACGAUAAAACGGUUAUUACCAGCCGAUUUGAAGAUUUUAUACACUAUCGAUGAAUGUGCUAGUGUUGUGCCUAAUCCGUUUUGUAGCGAUUUUGAAGGUAGACCACAUGAGAAGAAGGGAGGCGUUUAUGUGACAGAUAAUAUUGUUUUUAAUUGUGUAGUAGAUUCAGAUUGGAGUUACAACAGCUAUCAAGAAUCAUACUCCAUACCGUGGAAGUGUCCGAACUGCGAAAUUACCGUAUGUUUGUCACCUUUAGAAAAGUUACAGCAUACGGAAUUUAUAUGUUCUUCUAGAAAAAUCGAGAAGGAAGAAAAACCACUGACAAGGGAAAAUAGACCUAAUGCUAAGGAGUAUAAGUGCGAAGUUUGUAAAGAAACGUUGUAUAUGACGCCGGUAGAAAUAUUAAGGCAUAAAAAGAGUUGUAAAUAAAUUGUAUAUAAAAGAUU